AAAAUUCACAAUGUAUAAAUGUAUUAUAAAAAUAUUUUCAAAUUUAUCAAAUUUAAUUCAAUUAAAACAAAUUUUGUUGCAAUUUUUAAGUGUUCUUUGUUUUGUUAUGAUGUUUUUAUUUGGUGCAACAUCAUGUUGGUUAUUAUGGAUUUAUUUAAUUAUUAAAUUUAUUAAAUUAUUUUAUAUUAUUGGUAAUAAAUUAAUUAUUCAUGAUAAUAUUAUACAAAACUCAAAUGAAUUUAUUCAUAAUGAACAAUUAUUUGAUUUAUUUCGACAAUUUAUUACUUUAUUUGUAAUUAUUAUUGUAUAUUGGAUAUAUUGGUAUAUUGAUAAAGGGUCAGAAGAGAAAGGUAGUCAUCCAAAAUAUUUUAUCAGAAAUUUAAUAAUAUGGAAAUAUAUAGCAUGUUAUUUUCCAAUUAAACUUGUUCUUAGUGAAUUAUAUAAUAAUAAUAAUAAUAAUAAUAAUAAUAAUAAAGAUAAUGAACAUAUAUCUGAAUUGAAUAAACUUAAUAUGAAUACCAAUCAAAAUUGUAAUAAUGAUGAAGAGAAAAAUUCAAAUGAUAAAAUGUAUAUUCAAACAAUUAUAAAUAAACAAGAUUAUUCUACAUGUGAAAAUAAUUUAACACGUAUAAACGAAUUAUUUCCUCCAAGUAAUAAUUAUCUAGUUGGUUAUCAUCCACAUGGAAUAUUUGGUAUUGGUGCUUUUAUUAAUUUCUUAACUGAAGCUAAUCAAUUCUCUGAAAAAUUUCCAGGAAUUACACCAUGGUUAACAACAUUGGAGAUUAAUUUCAAAGCCCCAUUUUAUCGUGAUUUUCUAUUGUCUUUUAAUCUUGUAGCAGCAACAUACAAAGGACUUUCAUAUCUUCUUGAUUCUCAACAAUGUGGAAAUACAGGAAAUUUUGUUGUCGUUGUUUUGGGUGGUGCUCCUGAAGCAUUAGAUUCACGUCCUGGGAAAUAUGUCUUCCACACUAACCGACGAUAUGGCUUUUUUAAAUUAGCAUUAAUGACUGGGUCACACUUAGUACCGUGUGUAUCUUUUGGUGAACCGAAUAUGUUUAAACAAGUGUACAAUCCUGAAGGGAGCUGCAUACGAUACUUCCAAAAUCGAUUUACGGAAAUGGCAACAUUCUCACCUCCUUUCUUUUAUGCUCGAUUUUUACUGCCUUAUCGGACAGAUGUAAACACAGUCAUUGGACGGCCAAUACCGUGUGAAAAAAUUCCAAAUCCAACAAGAGAACAAAUAUCAGUGCUGAAAGAAUUAUACCUAGAAGAACUUCGAAAUCUUUACAAUAAAUAUAAACCAAUCUAUGAUCCAGAUGGAGAUUUAAUGUUCGUUUGAAGCUGAGAUAAUCGUAUUUUCACAGUUUAUUCUACUAUCCAAAAAAAAAAACAAUAAACAUUACUAUCUAGGACUUUAUGAUUCUGAUUAUUUUAUUUAUGACAAUUAUUUUUCAAUUUCAAGAUGUACAUUCAUUUGAAAAGAUUUUCCGGC